AUGGUCUUUCAAGACCUUCUUCUCCUUUUUCUUCUCUUAUUAUUGCUCACCCCGUGUGCAGCUCAAAUCGAUGGACUCCGUGACAAAAGACAAACUGGAAGUGGUCGAGUCGGUGAUGCGUGUGCUUUCAACACUGAUUGUUUAGCUGGAAUGUUCUGUAAUGGAGGUCUCUGCUCCUGUCUUACAACAUACAUUGCUGCAGAAGGUUACUGUUACCAGAAGAUAGAUCCAGGACAGCCUGGAUGUGUCUACAAUGAACAGUGUGCCUCUGUAUGGCCAGACGCUUUCUGUGAUACUUCUGCAGGUGUCGGAACUUGUCGAUGUGGAGAGAAUAAAGUGGAAAGAGCAACAAGAGAUGGACAUGUUUGUUUGGAUGUUCUCGACGCUAAUCAUAACACUCUGGCCAUUACUUGUCCAUUACCAGAAGGUGCAGGAUACACUUCUGCGUUGUCGGACCCAAAACAUCCAAGACAAAAUGAAGGACCUGGACCAGUUUUGUGUAAUACAGAUAGUACAAGUACCAGUCAGUCAGAAGAGAAUACUGGAGAUGGUAACUCUGCCUGCAUGUUCCCAUCCAACGGACAAUUCAUUGCUGACCAGUAUGACUGCGUUGAAUUUGUCUCUUCUCUUGACCUAACAUCAUCUGGAUACAGUGAGAAAGCUAACGGAAUCUGUUGCCCCAAUCGUGCAUUCACUUGUGUUCAACCCACAGCAACUGGUCCAAAUCCAACUGAACCUCGUUGGUGGUACAACUCAAUCACUGGAAUGUGUCAACAGUUCCUGUGGGAUCCAACAGCUUCUGGUUCAGGAGAACACUCGCCAAAUAAUUUCAGAACUGUGGAACACUGUGAAAGUUUCUGCAGAGAUACAUGCUCCCGCGGUGCACCAGAAUACGCUCAUCGGUCUUCAUUCCUCGAACAAACUCCAAUAUCUGGUUGUGCUCAAACCAGUUCCUGCUCUCAUAACUUUGAAUGUAAAUCCGUUGGAAGUACUCAAUGGUGUUGUCCAUCUGUUGCUUCUGUGUGUGGUCCCAUUGGAGGUCGUCCAUUGGAUCCAUCUGUGAAUACACGUGGUGCAGUGUAUCAUGCAGGAGUUGAGAAGCAAGGAACUGCUACUUCCACUCGUUUCUACUAUGAUCCACAGUCCGGUAAAUGUAGUCCAUUCACUUAUUUGGGAGCUGGUGGAAACUAUAACAAUUUCCUUUCGAGAAUUGAUUGUGAGCUGUAUUGUGCAAGAUUACAAUGUGAUCGAGGAAACCCAUUGAGAAUUGGAGAUGUAACCCAGUCGUGUGCUUCCAACAAUGACUGUCCAUCAUCUCAUGAAUGUAAAAUGGAUCAAGCUGUUUGUUGUCCCAGAAUGCAAACCAUCUGUACUCAACCUCUCCGAGUUGGAAACUGUGACCGUUCAGUUAGAAGAUACUGGUAUUCUGCUGCUACCAGGGAGUGCCAAUCAUUUGAAUAUACUGGAUGUCAGGGGAAUGAUAACAACUUUGAGACCCUGGUCGAUUGUCAGACAUUCUGCAGAAAUGCGGCUCCUGAACCUCGCUGUCCCCAAGGUCAAGCCUAUAAAGAUAACCAAGGGAAAUUCGUGACCUGCACUACAAACCGUCAAUCUUCUUCAUGCCCAGCAAACUUCGAAUGCUAUUUCGAUGGAAAUAUGCAUGGAUGUUGUCCAACAAAAGCAUUUACUUGUUCACUUUCUCCAAGUCCUGGAAAAACUUGUGGUCCAGGAGUCUCUUUCAAAUAUCACUACAAUCCACAAUCCCAGGAAUGCGAGUCAUUUGAGUACCUCGGUUGUGAUGGAAAUUCCAACACUUUCGCCAGUCGUGCAGAGUGUGAAAACUACUGUGGAGUUGGAGGAUGUGCUAAUGGAGGAAGUCCAUUGAGAGACAGUAAUGGCGCACUUCAAUCGUGUUCUGAAAGAGAUGGAGGAUGUCCAUCGUCUCAUGAAUGCUAUGGAGUCAGUUUGGGUCCGGAUAUGAUGUCUUAUAGAUGUUGUCCAACUAAGACUUACAUCUGUGGACUUCCACCACAACAAGGAUCAUCGCUCUGUUCAGGAGGUCUUACAGUAGUCACUCGAUACUAUUUCAACAUUGUCACCCGGAAAUGUUCUCCAUUUGUAUACAAUGGAUGCGAUGGAAAUCCAAAUAACUUUGCUUCUCUGAACCAAUGCAACAACUUCUGUAUGGCAUCUGCUUGUAAUGCUGGAGACGUCGUCUAUCUCAAUCCAAACACAGCUCUUCCUAUCUCUUGUAAUGAUGAACUUCAGAAUAACUGUCCAAAGAGUUUCCAAUGUAUAUAUGACAGCUUGACUGAUCAAAGUGUUUGUUGUGGAGCUACUGAUAUGGGAGUGUGUCCUGAUAAUGAGAAGGCGUACAUCAACUCAAUGGAUGGAACUGUUCGGGAGUGUCUGAUUAAUGAGCAUAACUCAUGUCCAAAAGACUAUUUGUGUAGAUUCAACGCUGUCAAAAACCGUUAUUUCUGCUGUGGUUCCAUGACGAAAGCUAAUUACUGUCCUGUCGGUCGUGCUCCAUACAAAGAUCAAAAUAGCCUUCAACCCACAAGAUGUACAAUGCACGCUGCCACGUCAUCCUGUCCAGAUGGAUUUGAGUGUCUUAGUGACCUUAAAGAUGCUCUUCAGGGUUACUGUUGUUCUGUCUCUGAAAUCUGUCCUCACCGAGAGGAAUAUUUCAUUGAUGAAACUUCCGGAAUGCCAAGAUCCUGCACAAUUGGACACUUCGUGACGUGUCCUGCUGGAUUUGUUUGUAUGGCUCAGUUCGAUGGAUCUAUGGGUUAUUGUUGCAAAGGUACACCGCAACUAACUGCAACUGAUGGAUGUCCACCUGGAGAGAUUGUAUACAUGGAGAGAAAUGAAGUGGUUGCUUGCGACCCAUUCAAUCCUCACAAUCAAGGAUGUCCCGGAACUUUCUCAUGCCAGUGGUCGAUUAGGACUCAACGAUAUCAAUGCUGUGGAAGUGAUCCAUUGCCGACACCAAUGGAAAACGAUGGCUGCCCAACUCGACAGAUUGCCUACACUGAUCCUGACACCAAAAAACCGAAAAUCUGUACAUCCGCUAGUCUUUCAUGCCCAGCUGGUUAUUUCUGUCAAUUCUCUAAUCAAAAUAAACAGUUCCAAUGUUGUGGAAUGCCAAGUGACUGCCCCAUCCAAAUGGUUGCAUUCAUCGGAAUAACUGGAGAAGCUCAAGCAUGCUCAAUGAAUGGAGGAAGUGCAUGUCCAGAUGGUUUCUCGUGUGUUCGUGGAAAGAGUGGAUCUGAGUUGUGUUGUGCUGGAGGGGAAACCUGCGAAGCAUCCCAAGUUCCAGUCAACGGAGUCUGUAUGAAUAGAGUUUUAAUCGGAGAGCAAUGCGAAGAAACACCUCAAUGUGUUGGUGGUUCUCAUUGUAUCGCAAUGAAAUGUAGUUGUCCAACAGGAACUAUUGAACAGAAGCAACAGUGUAUGGAUGUGUCUUUGGAGAAGGAAUUGAAAUGUUCUGAAAAACAAGUGAAGAUAGAAGAAGAGUGUUUCCCAUUGGUAUCUCUUGGUAGAAGUUGUGUUCACUCUGCUCAGUGUCAAGGAAUGGGUCAAUGUCUCGAUGGAGUCUGUGAUUGCGACGAGACAAGUGUCCGAAAGGGUCAUCGAUGCGAGAAAAAACUAGCUAACAGAGUCACAACCCCUCUGAAUAUCAACAAGUUUGCCACUGGAUCUCCUCAUUCCAUGAAACAAAUUCAACCUCCAAUGUCGUCGACGUCUUCUGUAGCUGCCACAACAACUUCUGCCAGCUGGCAACCACAACCAGGACACGCUGAAAUUAUGAAUGAGGGUAUAUGCCCAGCACCACGACAGCCGUAUUUGGCGAACGGAAUAGCAAGACAAUGUAUCAGUGGUCAGCCAUGUCCAGUGGGAUUCUCGUGUACUUGGAGUCCACAAGCGAAGAACUAUUUCUGUUGUGCAGCGAAUAGGAUGGUUAUGAGAACUCAUGUGCUGAAGGACGUGUGUGACGGAGGAGAAGCCUUGCUGUUCCCUGCUACGAAGGCGCCAGUGAUAUGUACACGAUACACGACAUGUCCCCCGGGAUACUUCUGUAGAAGGUCACCGAAAACUAAGCAGACACAUUGUUGCAAAAAGAGACAACCAUUGAAUAUGCAGAGUUAUAUUAUACAGAUCAAAGAGAUCUCAUCUAAAAACCCGCAACCUCUCCGAAUGGCUCACUCAAUAGCAUCAGCUGCAGUUCAAAUGGCUUCUCAAUACAUGCAUCCGGGAAGAAGGCGUCAGAAACCACAACCAAUCCAGAAAAACAAACCAGUGAAGAACGUGAAACCACUAAAAAGCACACUUCCCUGCCCUCCAAAUCAAGUACUUCUGGAAAUGGAAGUCAACCGAAAAAUCAUAAAGCGUUGUCAAUCCACGUGUCCUGUCUCAAUGCGAUCGGUCAACGGAGUGUGCAAAAUCGAGCGGAGACCACCAGUCACCCAAUAA